UGGCCUGUAACACAGCGUGAUGUGUUGGAAGGGAGCUCAUAAGGAGGAGCGGGGGCCACGGCCAGGGCGUCGAGUGACAGACGGGCUCAACCACCGAGAUCCGCUGUGCCAGUCGAGCAUGCAGUGCCAUUCUCGUUUCUGCGGAGUUCUCGACAAGUGCCGCGACUCCUUCAUCCAUUUACUACGAUGAGGAGAUGGCUCAAGCUGCUGGUCUUCGCGACUGCGGCAGCGGCCUCCUGUUCCUCAAUGGCCGAAGCCAAGCCGUCCGUUGUGAUCGGACGGACAUACUCUCCCGGCACGUUAAAACCGGCGGCGACAUCUCCCUCAUCUUCGUCAGACGAUGACGAUUCCGACGACGUGAGCUCAAAUAACUCAUACGCCAAGAUCGCGGACGCAUCGACAAGUGAUACCAGCGACUCAGACGACGUAUCGGACGACGAUUACCCCUCGUCGUCUUCCGAUGCGCUGGCCACAGUGGCUUUGCCUGAUAACAUCAAGAUCGGGUCGACCGCCAAUACCACAGACAAGAUCGUGUCCACCUAUCGUAACUGGGUUGGCCCCAGCAUCGGCAAGCCGUCGGACCCUGCUUUUGACAAGGCGUGUUGGCGUAAGGCUUUCAUCAUGGACACGUGUCCUUACGGCUUCGACUACAACACGAAAAUGUGCUGGGCACAGUGUCCCAUGGCCUACCCUGUAGAAUGUGGCUUCGAAUGUUUGCGUCAAAAUGAUGACUGUGGGUCGGAAGUUUACGCAAAGUUUGUGAGUGUGGCCAACGCCUUCUUCUCUGUUCAGAUUUUGGGCGUGUUUGGAGCCUUCUCCAAGCUCUCAAGGAACGUUCGAGUCGGAAUUAAGUGCGCGCGAGCCAUGUUUGGCACGAUGCGUGCUAUCGUCAACUACAUUCGCGCCAUUAAAGUGUCGGAUCCUCAGACACCGCAGGAUAAAAUCCUCUUGGCGCUGUACCAGACAAGUUACGUUACCAUCGACCUACCGGUUAGUAUCGUCAUGUGUAUGGGCAGAACUUACAACUGGCAAGUCCUCGACCCGGCCAGUGUGGCUAUGGGUACAAUCCAAGUCAUGUUGGGCGAGGCUCUGGCUCGUCAGGACAAUAUUAUCAAAAGUUGGGGCAAGUUUAAGGCGUUUCUUACCCGGUCCAACUUCACGUACGCAGUGAACGACCUGAACGACACGGAGAUUUCGUCCUUGAAAAAGGGUAUGGAGUCCAAUUCGACGUGUGGCUACGAACUGCAACGACUCACAGAUCGCACGUGGCGAACGAUCGCCGAGAUGAAGGAGGAGAACCCCGGGAUAUCCGAAGAUAAUCUCCGUGUCCAGGUGUACAGAUCAGAUCUCAUGUUGCAUGAUAUCCCGACAGUUACCAACAACUGUAUGGACCAGAUGAUCAUGGAAUCGGACGAGGCCACAGCGUACAAGACGCGCGACGUGUUGCGUAAGACGUACGGCGUGAUCGUGGACGACUUGAUCGAUAAGGGCAAGAGCGACAACGGUACUUCUCUCACUGCCAAACAGUACACUCGAGUCGUGGCUGAUAAGGUGCUUAUGACGAUCGCCACGCUCUUCUACAUCGAUCUUACGCGUAUCUCUGGUCUGUUAUCCGAGUACAUUCAAGUCAUCUGCGGCCCAACGCAGCUCGUAGGAGAAAUCGACGACGGUACCGACCCCAACACUCUCGGUCUUCGCACUGUUGGGAAAGCCUUUGCCAACAGUGGCUCGUCUUGGAAACGGAAAGGAGAUGGAGUCGUUAAGAUCACUUUUACAAGUACCGACACGAAAGACGUGACGGUCAAUAUCCUCUCGGGCGGCGACAAGUUCGACGAGCAGGAAGUCCCGGCCGGUAAAACCGUGACGUGGACAUCAACCGUGAAGGAGUUGGGAGGAAAGACGCUGUACCUUGAUCGGUGGCGGCCUGGAUUCCUCGGUCUCCCCGGUACUGGCGGUGGAUCGCUUAAACUCUGGGUACCCCGAGCUAGUGAAGGUGGCCACUUGGAGGUCGACGCCAAGCUCAAUGUGAGCUAGAAUAGAUAGAGAAUUAGAAAAUCGUAGUAGCGUAGUAAAGUGAAGAACUGAGCAAAUAACUUAAUGGCAAACAGCGUUAGAGUGCAUC